CCCAAGGAGCGACCAAUUAGUUGUCAUGUCCUUUGUGUAACAAUAUCACCUUUCUGUCGUUCACUAUCACGUGUUUUUUUUAUUGCAAUCGUUAAUCAGUAAUAACCACAAGUAUGCUGAACAAAUGAUAAACACGCAAAUACUGACCACAGAUAAUAUACUGACUGUAAUAAAUCGCAAAACGUCCGAUUUCACAUUGCUCGUUGCAUAUCUCCUUAUACAUUAGAUAAGCUCGUAAACAUAACCUAAGUUUCCUGCUCUUAUUGACGUCUAUUAAUAUUAACAUAACCAUUUAGAAACGAGAUAAAAUAUCCAGGCAAUAUUUGAAAAAUAUUUGUAAAAUCUUUAUGAACAAAGUAGCUUUACGUAUUUUACAAUGAAGUUGACUGGUUUUUUGAUGAAGGUGCAGAAAUGGUCCAAACAGUAUUCGAAUUUGCCUGAUAGAUAUAUUAAACGAGCGAUGCAGCAAAUUUACUGGAAAAACCCUAAAGGUAUUCAGUACAGGACCGAUGCAGUAAUUGAACGAAAAAAGUUUAGAUUUACAAUGAACCGACCAUGGACAGCACAAUUUCGACAACAAAAUGCACCAGGUGUUCUACGCAAAAAGGUUUUUGUAGAGCCUAUAUUAAAUUGGUGCUUCUUUCGAGGCGAUAGAGUGGAAGUUUUAGAGGGAAAAGACAAGGGGAAGCAGGGAAUUGUGAAACAAAUUAUUCAAGAAAGAAAUUGGGUGGUUGUGGAGGGUCUUAAUUGUCAUUUUCGUCGAAUAGGAGCAGACAAAGAAUUCAGUGGUGUUUGUAUUAAAUCAGAAGCACCACUUUUGGUAACAACACAGGUUGCAUUGGUGGAUCCAUCUGAUUUGAAAGCCACAUCAAUAGAAUGGCGAUAUACAGAAGAAGGAGAGCACGUAAGGGUUUCAACAAGAACAGGUCGUAUUAUUCCUAUUCCUGCAACAAACUCUGACACAAUCGAUUAUAAAACCAAGUCAACAUACAAGGAACAACCUAAAGAUACAACGGAAAAAGAAGUAGGUGAAAUAACUUUUGAACCAGCCCUUAAAACGUUUGAGAUGGAUAUUAUGGAUAAAAUGGGAAUUAAAGAAGAUCGCAUUCCUCCAAAAACGUAUUGGUAUUAAUAUCCAUGUAAUUUUUAAUUCUUGAGAAUGUCAAUAUAAUAAAUAUACUAAUUAAAAGAAUUGUAUCUUAAAGUAAUACUUAAUAAAUUGAUUAUUGUA